GUUAUAAACCUUACGAUUAUUACACUACAAUUAUAAACUUUCCCACCUCAAAGUCAUCUGCAUGUUAAAUUCUGCGAUGUCGCCAUCGCGGUUAGCAUUGCCGUCGCCAUCGCUGGUAGCUUCUCAAGCCAACUCUACGCCACCAUCAACAGCACUCAUGCCAUACUUGCUGCCUACUCCACCAAACAAAAUUGCCAAUCCAGUUCUCGCUCCGUCUCCGAUCCCAACACCAGCUGACUCACCGGUACCGCAUGUGCAUGUGGCUGCUCCGUCCGGCAACGCCACUCAGAUAAGUCCCGCACCUUGUCCAUUGCCUGGUAUACAGCACAAUGCAACUUCAAAUUCAACCUCUCCUGUUGCCUCUGCCAUUCGGCCGGUGGCUUCAGGUCCGCUGUCAAUUACCUCUUCUCUUCCGCCAAUUCAUCCUCCUCCUUCAGGACCAUCGACCCCUGUUCCACUGUUGACCCCAUCAGUCACUCAACCACCUCCUGUACGUAACACUCAUCCAGUGCGACAUUCUCCUCCCCUGCCCUUAUCUCCACCACAUCCUAAUCGCUCACCCCCAUUGCCGUUGUCGUCUCCACCAUUACCUCCACCUAGUGUGGUCGUUUAUCCCAAGAUUCCAGGGUCUCGAGCAUCCCCAUCACCACGGGUUCCCACUACUCCGGAGUUUGAUGCAUCCCAACCGCCAUCACCCCCAUCAUCAUUUACAGUCUCAAUCGGAAAUGGAGAUUCUCAUGCAUCUGAUUCUGGUUCAAAAGGCUUUCAUGCAUCAUUUGGGCUUAUAAUAGGAUGUGUUACUGGUGUUCUUCUUCUGUUUUUUCUGUUUCUGCUUCUCUGUAAAUGCCGCAAAAGUAGGAGAAACCAGAAGCCACCACUGGAAAAUCAUUACAAAAAACUCUCAGAGAGGGGAGUUCCUUCCUCAUCACAUCCGUCAGAAGCCUGUGUCAUUAUAGUGCAGCAGAAUAGUGAAGGUUGUGGCUCCAAUGACUCAGGUCACAGCAGUCCUGGCCUGAGUUCCUCUGCUAGUGUUUCCACGUACGAUGAGUUGAUUGUGGCUACAAAUGGCUUCUCGGAAUCCAAUCUUCUGGGGAAAGGUGGUUUUGGAGAUGUCCAUAAAGGAGUCCUGUCAUGUGGGAAAGAGGUUGCAGUUAAGAAGUUGAAGGCCGGAAGCAAUCAGGGGGAGAGAGAAUUUCAGGCAGAGGUUGAGACCAUUACCCGAGUGCAUCACAAACAUCUUGUGUCCUUAGUUGGGCACUGCAUCACCGGCGCCGAAAGAUUGCUUGUUUAUGAGUUUGUUCCAAACAAAACCUUGGAAUUCCAUUUGCAUGGGAGGCAGCAGCCGGUUUUAGAUUGGGACACCAGACUCAAAAUUGCAAUAGGAUCUGCAAAAGGGUUAGCAUAUCUUCAUGAAGAUUGUAACCCAACAAUCAUUCAUCGUGAUAUCAAGGCUUCUAAUAUUCUUCUUGAUUCUAGAUUUGAGGCAAAGGUUUCUGACUUUGGACUUGCAAAAUAUUUUUCUGAUGCCAAUGCACCUAUUAGCCACAUCUCCACCCGCGUUGUGGGAACUUUUGGAUACCUCGCCCCAGAGUACGCAUCAACUGGUAAAGUGACAGAAAAAUCUAACGUUUAUUCCUUUGGUGUCAUGCUUAUAGAGCUUAUAAGUGGACGUCCGCCUAUCAGCAAGGAUGAACCGGAAAAGGGAUUGGUUAACUGGGCCAAGCCUCUUCUCCUUCAAGCUAAGGAAGAUGGGGAUUUUGGUGCUCUUGCUGAUCCAAAACUAAAUGGCAAUUACAGCAUGUGUGAAAUGACUAGAAUGGUUGCUUGUGCUGCUGCUUGUGUGCGGCAAUCUGCAUUGAACAGACCUCGGAUGAGCCAGGUAGUCCGGACUCUGGAAGUUGACAUUUCUCUCCAAUCUCUUGAUAAUUCAGAAAGUUCAAUCCAUAACAUCCAAGAGUACGAGGGAUUGAACAAACUUUUCUUGGCACCACUCCAUGAGAUUACCAGCUUCAGUGAUUGUGGAGAAACUAGUCAAUAUGGUGUUAGUGCGUCUUCAUCCAGUAGCCGUUCCGAAGAAAAUGAAGUGAAGGGAGCAGAGGAUGGAACCGAGGAAUCAAGCAGCCGCAGAAAAACUAUUUGAUGAUAUUUUUGACCCCUGGAAAAAUAUCAAUUUUUUCCUUUUAAAUAAGGUAUCCAGAUUGAU